GAUAGAGGUGAUAUUAUUGUCAGCUCUGUGGAUGGAUAAUAUUAGAUGAGAUAUAAUAUAUUUCAGUCAACAAUGUCUUCAUUUGAGAAUUUGAGAGAGUUUGUGAACGAGAGACUCUCUGCUGCUGCAGAAGAAAUAUUUGGUGUUUUUGAAAAAGCGAUUGUUGAAUAUGAGAAAGAGAUCGACCGACAGCGCAGACUGCUGGAUGUCGUUUGGAAACCUGACAUAAAGCUACACAGGAUAGAGUUCCCAAAUCAACAUGUCUGUAAGGAGGAGGAGGUUCUCUCUGACCAGCAGCUCUGUAUUCAGGAGAGGAACUCCAGUCUGGACCAAGAGGACCCAGAGCCUCCACAGGUUAAAGAGGAACAGGAGGAACUCUGCAUCAGUCAGGAGGGAGAGCAGCUUGAACUGAAGCAGGAGACUGAGACCUUUGUGUUGACUCCUAGUUAUGAGGAAAGUGACCACAGUGAAGAUCAGACUAUGAACUCAAUUCCUGACUAUUCUCGAAGUGCAGCAGAGAAAGAGUCCUUAGUCAUCAUACCAGUUGGCUCUGUGGUACCUGAAGUAAACAGUGACCACCAGCUCCUCCCUCACAACUCUCAUGAAGCUGAAAGCCAAGUUCAGAAAGGAGGGAAGCAUGGAGACUCAGAAACAACUAGAAAUACAGAGCAAAAUCCGAAAAGUCAACAUCAGCAAAGCAGAAAGCAUGUGAAUAAUGUACAUAACUCAACUCACUGUAAUACGCACAUGGGUAAAAAGACUUUCCAAUGUGACAUGUGUAACAAAGCUUUUAAGUUUAAGUCACGUUUGCAGAGACAUCUGUUGGUACACAUAGGUGAAAGGCAUCAUUCAUAUAUCAAGACUUUAAAAUGUGACACAUGUGGAAGAGCUUUCAUCUAUCGGUCAAGCUUACUCGUGCACAUGAGAACUCACUCAGGUGAGAAACCGUAUUCUUGCAACAUCUGUAGUAAAAGAUUCAGUCAGAAAUAUUCCCUGAACUCUCAUAUAAGAAUUCAUUCAGGCGAGAAACCAUAUUCUUGCAAAAUAUGUGGGAAAACAUUCGGUCAGACAUCAGCAUUGAACACUCACAUAACCAUCCACACAGGGGAGAAACCAUUCUCUUGCAAAUUGUGUGGGAAAGAUUUCCGACUUAAUGGUGACUUGACAGUCCACAUGAGAAUCCACACAGGUGAAAAGCCAUUUACUUGUACCUUAUGUGGGAAAUCGUUCAGACUUAGUGGUGACCUGGCAGUACACAUGAGAAGACCCCACAAUGGUUUGAAGCGGUAAUUUAGCAAAAUCUGCCGGAAAAUGUAUUUCUCUGUGUCUAAUUUGGCAAAUCGUAUAAGAUGGCUUACAAGCAAGUAGCCUUGUAUUUGUCAAAUAUGUAGGGGACAAUCAAGUUCUAGUGCUUCAUGGUCAAAACACACAAUAACUCAGAAAUGAGGAGCCACAUAAUUGCAGCACUUAAAGACUUAACUAUCUUUGUGAAAUACACUUUUGCAACAGCUACAUCCCUGUGACAAUGUAAAAUGUUUGAAAUAUUGUUAAGAUGAUGAUAUCUCAAUCGAACGUAUCCCUUUAUUUAACUAUAUUACUGACGUUUCUGUUAGCAAACUGUAUUUCUUUGAAACUAUCGUAAUCUCACAAAUCAAGGUGAAGCAUUAGUUUCACAGUAAGUGUACAGUAGUGGCUGUUAAUAGUGUGAUCUUGUUGUUUGCGAUGAAUGUCAGUUCAAUUUUAUUAUAAUAUUUAACAAGAACUCAAGAUGCAUGUACCCCAAGUAGUUUUUGACAGUUCUAUAUGAAACUUCCUACAAGAUGUUGCAAGAAACGAUUAUAUGAGUGGAUUGUUAACCCUGAUUUUGUGCCUGAGAACCUCUCUAGUGGUGUUGGGUUACUUGUUUUGUCAUCCUAUCAAAUAGAGUAUUGUCCUUUCCGUUUGCAACAUGUCAUUUUAUUUUAUAUGUUGAUGUUUUUUUUGUAAUUGGUUCAACUUGAUAUAUGUUUGGUUUUAGGGGACUUUAGAGAUGAAACAAACACUAAUUUUCUAUGGUGUUCUACAUGGAGUUCUGCUGUUAUUUGAUCUCUUGUAUGUAUUCUAACAAUAAA